AUACCUGUAUCCUUUUCAGGGUCAGAGGUGGGUUGGGGUAGCCAGGAGCUGGAUGAAAUGGGAUAGAGUGGGGCUGUCUGGAGCAGCAACCCUGCUAGAUGAGUCCUGGUGGAUCCUGGCAAAAGGAGGAUGGUAGGUGGAGAAACCAAGGCAGGGCUGUGUUCCUUCUGCUGCUGAGAUAGAGGGUGUGGCCAUGUGUGAUGACCCUGCAAGGUUGACUCCAACCAGUGGGCGCUCCAUCCCAUGGCUUCCAAAAUCCUGCAGCUAUCCUGCCCUAUACACAAAGAGCCCAGACCCAGGCCCCACACACUUGAUGUUGGGGCCAGACUCUUCCACCUAUGAAACCUUACAGGUUCCUGCAGGGAGUGGAGACACACAGAACCUAGCUCCCCUGGAGCCUGCAAGACUUGGGCCACCAGAAUCCCAGUAGGUCCCUGAACCAUUGUCCCCCAGUAAGUCUGCAGAGCUGUGAAAUGCAGACAAUAACCCUUCCCUGCCUGAAAGAGCACUUUUCUGGGGAGCCCAUGGGAGUCAGGAGCAAAAGCAUCUGUCAAACAAGUAGAUACCCAGAGAGUCACGUGAAAUCAUUUGUAUGCCUCUGACAGACGCUUCUUGAGCGAAGUUUCUGCCCUGAGCCCGCCUGACCCCUUAGGCUGGGCUCAGUACCCUACCGUGUCUUCCCACCAGCCGCCUCCCUCCAUCAAGUUCCUUUCCACGUCUGCUUGUGCCCCUGUUGUCCCUCAGUUUGUCCACCCUCCUCCAAUCUUCCCCUCCCCAAACCCAUGACUGAUCAGUGGCCCCCAACCUAGGCUCCCACCUCCACGCAGGUCUUGGCCCCUCAGCUGACCUCCCUCCAACCUCCCCCUCUGCUCUUAAUUUUGAAUAGGUAGUGACUGUAAAAGUAUCCCUGGGCUUCUAUGUCAAAAGGUCAGACUGAACACAUGCAUCUCACUGGGCUCAGAAAUCCACUGAAACCACAGAGGGGAGUAUUUAAAACACAUAAACCCACAAGUAUGAGGAUGGUGACAGAGGAGUCAGGAGCAAUGGCAUUCCUAAGCUAGAAGUGGGUGAGAGCUAUCACUAAGUUAGGGAAGGCAAAAUACUACGUGGCGACUUGGCGAAGAGGAGAGAGUUCCCACCAGGCUGACUCCAGAACCGCAGAAGGCUGAGAACCAGCAGCCCAGAGACAGGAGACCUAUAACAAAGCUGCCUGGGGAACAACUACUGAAGAAGCCCUUAACGCCCCAAUGCUCUCCCCACAUGGUGGAGGGUGAAAGUUUUUUUGUUUUUUGUUUUUUUUUUUCUCUGGGACUCUGCAUAGUCCCAGAGAAAAGGCCUAAGCACCUCAUCCCCAAAAACAACCUGAGGAGGCCUCUGGAAAGCUCCGAGUUGACAAGUCUCAUCCACGCACAUGCUCGGUGCUUCCAAUCGGUGAUUAAGACCACUGCUCUUCAUCCAGAGCAGGCAGCAGGGAUUCCCAGGUAUCCAAAGAAACCAAAACAGUCGGUGUAAUUUAGGACUGACUAAUGGCUCGGCCACUUUAAGUGUGGAAGCAAAACUGACCCCACAGAUUUAGAAAACUGUAACAGUGCUUAUUGGGAGAAACUAGUGUCACCCUGGCUAGUUCUACUCCCCAAAUUCAAAGGUAAAUAAACGGUUGAGCACGUCCCAUCAGCCUGGAGGGAAACCUCCACCCCCGACUUUGUAGGACUGACAUCUGAAGACGUCAGAGACUGCGGUCACAACCGUCGGUACAUCCUUAGGGCGCUUAACAGAGGUUAAAGGCGGCCCUCGCACCCUCCUGGCGGGAGAAAGCCCAGGCUCAGGGUGGCCUUCUACACCACCGCCUCUCCCAGGACCACUUGGAAGCGAGUCCCAGCGAACUACUCGACCUAGGAAACCACUGGGCCGCCACUUCCAGCCUCUUCGGAAGUCGAGGCAACGCUCCUGAACGUUGCCACGGGAACAGCUGGAGGCGGGCGGAUAUGCCCUGGCAUUAUCUGGGGGCUGGCCCGGGGAAUGGCGUGGGGGCGGCGGGGCCAAGCAAGCGCCACCUCUGAUUGGGCAAAACCCCCUCCCCUCACCUGCCAAUAGGAACCGGCCCACUGUACAGACGCGCAAGUUUAUAACCUGGGAAGAGCUGCUCUCAGAGCGGAGGGAGACCAUAUAACUCUGGGACUCUGCCGUACCUCCCAGAGGAACAGAGCGCCUCUCAGGCGUCAGAGGCUGCUGCAAAUGCGGGUCAGCGGGUCACGGUCGCGCCUGUCUUGCUGAUGCUCAUGGGAAAUGUAGUUCAAAGGGCGUGGGCGGUGCCUUCGGUGCAGGCGAGAGAUUGGUCAGCGCGGCGUCGCCGGGGCAACACCCGGCUGAGGCGCCCCGCGUUGUGCGGCGCCACAUCCGGGAAGCGGCCUCCAAGCAACCGCUCCGGGUUGAGGCCCAUCCUGACGAUUCCAAGACCACCCCCUUGAGCAAGAAUGCCAUCCCCUCUGGGUCCCCCAUGCCUGCCCCUCAUGGACCCAGAGACCACCCUUGAGCCUGAGACUGCCCGCCUCCGCUUCCGAGGGUUCUGCUACCGGGAGGUGGCAGGUCCCCGAGAAGCCCUGGCCCGGCUGCGUGAGCUGUGUUGCCAGUGGCUGCAGCCUGAGGCACACUCCAAGGAGCAGAUGCUGGAGAUGCUGGUGCUGGAGCAGUUCCUGGGCACACUGCCUCCCGAGAUCCAGGCCUGGGUGCGCGGUCAGCGGCCAGGCAGUCCUGAGGAGGCCGCUGCCCUAGUCGAAGGACUACAGCAUGACCCUGGGCAACUGUUGGGCUGGAUCACAGCCCAUGUCCUGAAGCAGGAGGUGCUCCCUGCAGCCCAGAAGACAGAGGAACCACUUGGGAGCCCCCACCCCUCAGGGACAGUGGAGUCCCCUGGGGAGGGUCCCCAGGACACAAUAGAGGGGUCUGUCCAGCUCAGCUGCAGUGUGAAGGAGGAGCCCAAUGUCGAUGGACAGGAAGUGGCACCCUCCAGCCCUCCACUUGCAGCACAGUCCCCUGAGGGGCACCAUGGACACCAAGAACCAGCCUCCACAUCCUUCCACCCACCCAGGAUUCAGGAGGAGUGGGGGCUGCUGGACCGGUCACAGAAGGAACUGUACUGGGAUGCGAUGCUGGAGAAGUACGGCACAGUGGUCUCCCUGGGGUUACCGCCCCACCAGCCAGAGGCACAGGCCCAGUCAGAGCUGGGGAUGCUGCUCACGGGGACAGGCGUCUGCAGAAGCCUGCGCUCGGGGACACCGCCAGUGCCCACUCAGCCCACACCUGCAGAGACGAGACUGGAGCCGGCUGCCACCCCCAGGAAGCCCUACAUGUGCGAGCAGUGUGGCCGCGGCUUCGACUGGAAGUCAGUGUUCGUCAUCCACCACCGGACACACACGAGUGGGCCAGGUGUGCAGUCCCCGGGGCUAGCCACCGGGGAAAGCACAGAGAAGCCACCACAAGGGGAGCUGGCCUUUCCGCACCACCCCCGACGCUCACUCACAGGCCCCCGGAGCUACCCGUGUGAGGAGUGCGGGUGCAGCUUCAGCUGGAAGUCGCAGCUGGUCAUCCACCGCAAGAGUCACACAGGCCAGCGGCGUCACUUCUGCAGUGACUGUGGCCGCGCCUUCGACUGGAAGUCGCAGCUGGUCAUCCACCGCAAGGGCCACCGGCCGGAGGCUCCAUGAGCAGCCAGACAGCACAGUCCCUCGGGGCCUCGGUGUUCUCGGGGCCUGGAUACAGCCUCUGGGGCACCAGCAGAAGACUCUGGAGGCAGCAGGGGAUGCCAGAGUGAACAAGGGGUCCCAAGCCAGUUCCCUGCCCCUGGUCUGGUCUCCCCCAAAAGACCUGGGUGCAAGGAAAAGGAGCUGCUCCCUCUCUUCUUGCCCCUGCCUCCUAGAGGGAGGUCUGGGUUCCCUUCUAUGGCUGACCAGUGCCUGUGGGGUGACUGCCAAGCACCAGGCUCCCUCCCUCCCUGUGACAUGGCCUGGGCUGACAACACUCCCUCUCCUGGGACCUCCUUGCCUCAGGUGGGUGUUCAAAAACUGUGCCUUCCCACUCGUCUGUGCAGAGGCUGGGCCUGAGGUCUCAGUGUGGAGAGCAGCAGAAGACCCAGGAAAGCACAGUUGGCUUCCGUUUCUCCUGCUCCCUGUGUGUGUUAGAAUUUUAACAUAAAUUCCACUUUGAUAAUA